UUUGUAACAAUUAAUAACCACGAGAAGAAAAGUUGAGAAAGAAAAAAAGAAACGAUGAAAAUGGCCGGAAGGAUCUUUCUCCUUUUCCUCUCCGUCUACGUCACGGUGGCCAUCGCCGGUAAAGCUCCACCGCCGACAUUCACCGAGAAAGGCAAAGCCCUAGCGGAGAAACUCUGCGAGAAAUCCGAAGACAAACCGUUUUGCGUUGCAAGCCUAACGUCCCGUCCUGAGGCAGCAACCGCAACCGCACCAAAACUCGGCGUGAUCGCUUUAAGCAUCGCGUCCUCGAAUGCUUCGGACACAUCUUUCUACAUCAAAGCCAAACUAAAGCAAAAGAACCUCGAGCCGGCUUUAGAAGACACCCUCGAUGAUUGCUCUAAGAAUUACUUGGACGCGGUCGCGCAGCUCGACGAUUCUCUAGCCGCUUUGAUGCAAAACUCGUUCAUCGACGUCGAUAUUUGGCUCAAUACGGCCAUUAGCGACGGCGAGGCUUGUGAAACCGCUUUGAACGAUCGUGCCGGUAACGAUGCUGAGCUUGCUCGUAGGAACACAAACUUGUUGAAGCUUUGCAAGGACGCUCUUCUCAUUAACACUAUUUUAACUCCCUAAAUUUUAAUUUGUUGCCCAUUAAUUAUUUUAUAUUUGUUCACUUGUUAUAAUUUUUUUUUCUUAAAUGGCUCGUUGAUUUGUCCCGGGGGUAAAUUUUAACAAUAUUUGAGAUACUUGUUUUUGGGAAUUUUUGAAUGAGCUUAUUGAAUUAUAUAUAAGUACAUACAACCAA